UUUUCUUUUAAUAAAUAUCCUUUCCUUAUAUUGUGGCAAAACUCUCUGUUCCCAGAACUCGGUCUUCUUUAUCCUUCUAACUCUUCUUCUUCUUCCAGAAAUAGCAUUUAUUUCGUCUCUAUAAUAUCACUAUCUGUUACUCCACUUUUAUUUUGUUGCGAGAACCGGGACCACCCAAUAAUUUUUCGUUCUGAAGAUGUGCCAACAGUUUAACGAGACGGUUUCCACAAAUAGAUAGUGUAAAAUUUUGCUGGGAUUUCUAGUAUUGAUCAGUAGCAUGAAUAAGGGUGGGCAUUCUCUAAAAUUGGUUCUCUUGGAUUUGAUUCAAAAGUGUAACAACUUGAGAUCUUUUAACCAAAUCCAUGCACAUCUAUUGACCUCUGCCCUUGUUGCCAAUGACUUGGUUCUCACCAAAGUUGCAAACUUUUUUGGAAAACAUGUCACUGAUGUUCAUCACCCUUGCAAUUUCUUGAAGCAAUUUGAUUGGAGCUUGAGCUCUUUCCCUUUCAAUUUGCUGAUUUCUGGCUAUGCUUCUGGUCAGUUACCCUGCAAUGCAAUUCUGAUUUAUAGAUGGGUUGUUAGAAAUGGAUUUGUGCCUGAUGUGUACACUGUCCCAUCUGUUUUGAAAUCUUGUGCUAAGUUUUUUGGUAUUAUAGAGGUUAGACAGUUCCAUUCUGUAUCUGUUAAGAGUGGUUUGUGGUGUGACAUGUAUGUGCAGAACACUUUCGUUCAUGUUUAUAGCAUUUGUGGCGAUACUGUUGGUGCUGUUAAGGUGUUUGAUGACAUGCUUGUGAGAGAUGUGGUGUCUUGGACUGGUUUGAUAUCUGGGUAUGUGAAAGCAGGGUUGUUUAAUGAUGCCAUUGCAUUGUUUUCGAGAAUGGAUGUGGAGCCUAAUGUGGCUACCUUUGUUAGCAUACUUGGGUCUUGUGGGAAAUUGGGUUGUUUAAAUUUGGGGAAGGGGAUUCAUGGAUUGGUUUUCAAAUACCUAUACGAGAAGGAGUUGGCGGUAUGCAAUGCUGUGUUGGAUAUGUAUAUGAAGUGUGAGUCUGUGACUGAUGCAAAGCAACUGUUUGAUGAGAUACCUGAAAAAGACAUUAUUUCUUGGACUAGUAUGAUAGGUGGUUUAGUGCAGAGUCAGUGUCCCAAGGAAUCACUGGACUUGUUCUGUCAAAUGCAGUGCUCAGGUUUUGAGCCUGAUGAGGUUACACUGACCAGUGUGCUUUCUGCUUGUGCCAGUCUUGGGCUUCUUGAUUAUGGCAGAUGGGUCCAUGAAUACAUUGAUCGUAGCCGCAUUAAAUGGGAUGUUCAUAUUGGAACAGCAUUGGUUGACAUGUAUGCAAAAUGUGGCUGUAUAGAGAUGGCGCAACGUAUCUUCAGUGGAAUGUCUUCUAAGAAUAUUCGUACUUGGAAUGCCUGUAUAAAUGGUCUAGCAAUAAAUGGACAUGGGCAAGAAGCAUUGAAACAAUUUGAAGAUCUAAUUGAAUCUGGCGCAAGGCCUAAUGAGGUGACCUUCCUAGCUGUUCUUACAGCUUGUUGCCAUUCUGGCUUGGUCGUUGAAGGCCGUAGGUAUUUCAAUCAGAUGACAAGUCCCCUCCACAAUCUUUCUCCCUGUUUAGAACACUAUGGAUGCAUGGUUGAUUUGCUGUGCAGGGCUGGAUUGGUGGAGGAAGCUUUGGAGUUGAUAAAGACAAUGCCCAUGCCCCCUGAUGUGCAGAUCCUAGGAGCUCUUUUGAGUGCCUGUAAUACAUAUGGAAAUGUUGGAUUCUCCCCAGAAAUGUUGAAAUCACUUCAGAAUUUUGAAUAUCAAGAUAGUGGCAUAUUCGUGCUUCUUUCUAAUCUGUAUGCAACUAAUAAUAAAUGGGCUGAAGUGAGAACUGUAAGGAGACUGAUGAAGCAGAAAGGAAUAAGCAAGGCUCCAGGUUCUAGCCUUAUAAGGGUGGAUGGUAAGAGUCAUGAAUUUUUAGUUGGACAUAACAACCAUCCUCAAAGUGAGGAUAUUCACAUAUUAUUGAACAUCCUUUCCAAUCAAAUCUACCUUGAGGGGCAUAUUGAUACCCUUUCUUGAUCAUACUGGCAUACCUACCCUUAGCUCAAGCUCUUGAGUUUGGAUUUAAACCAGUUCUAAUGGCGCAUUCUAUGAAUAGUGCCCUAAAUGGUUUGACUUGUCUUUUUAUGUUCCUACUCAAUGGACGGGUUGGAACACGUUAUGGAAAUUCUUUAAAGUUACAUAAGACCGCCGCAUUUAUGGUAAAGGUUCUUUUUUAGGGGCCAAGGGAAAAUUAUCUUGCAUCUGUGCCACGGUAGUAACAUUUCAUGUUUAUGACUGGGCCGGCGAUAAUUGGUCAUCUGAACUUUGUAAUUAGUGUAGGAAGGUGCCCUCAAGCUUUGGCAUUGAGACCAAAACAGAGAAACAGAAGACACCGGUUCAGGUUCAGAUAUGAAAUGCUUCAACCUCAAACAAUUCAUGUGGUGACUGUAGCGAGAGAUUCAUACCAUUCCACUAAAUGUAAUGAUGUCCACAUUC